AUGUCAGCUGCAGCGGCAGCGGCGGCGGCAGCGGCAGCCUCCAGCAGCCGCCGAUGCAAGUCCAAAAACAGCAGCAGCUCAAUAUCCUCAAACACCAUCCGCUACCAAAAACCACCACUUUUGCUACCACCGACACUCAGUCGAUACGAGGACCAAAAGCGCCGGGACUGGGACACAUUCCGGCAAUAUCUAAACAACCACCGCCCCCCACUCUCUCUCUCACGGUGCAGUGGGGAUCACAUACUCGAAUUCCUCCGAUACAUCGACCAGUUCGGGAAAACCAAAGUCCAUACCAAUACAUGUCCCUUCUUUGGCCAUCUCCAUCCACCAGCACCAUGUCCGUGCCCUUUUAAACAGUCCUGGGCCAGCCUUGAAGCAUUCGUCAGCCGCCUCGGCAUCGCCUUUGAAGAGAAGGGUGGAGAUGCUGAGAACAACCCUUUUGAUUCAAAUGAUGUGAAGUUGUAUCUUAGGAAGGUUAGGGACAAUCAAGCUAAGGCCAGAGGAACAUAG